AUGGGGAAGGGGAGAGGGAAGUCGGGGCGUCCGAGGAAGACGGUGCCACCGCCGCCAGCCUCUCCGGAUCCAUUGAUAACAAAAUCAAACGAAAGUGAUUCAAGUCAGCAAGGUAACCCCGCUACCGUCCAGUUGGUCGAACCUCAAGGGGAAGCUGUGCAGCACUGGAUACCAAAGCCCCCAGAUGAAAUGCAAGCCUCAACACUCCCUUCAACUUCAGUGGGAAUGGGUCCAGCAGGGUCUCAGAGUGAGAAUACGAGUCAAGCUUCAGGGAAGAAGGAUCCAGAUGGAAGAGUUACAGGUAUGCAGGAUUCGUCUGAGGAUGCGUGGAAGGAGGCCCCUAGAAGUGUGACUGUCAAAGGGAAGCACCAUGGUUCUGCAGCAUCAUCAGGUAUUUUCAAAGCCAUUUUGCAACAACGUGCACUUGUGCCGGACCUUACUGGCCUGUGGGGGAGCAUGCUGAAUGAGGGUAAGUUCUACACUAACAAAGUAUACAAUGAGUUGAUAUCAGAUAGGGAUAAAGUCAUAUGGUGUAACCUCAUCCUCCGAAACAAGGCAUGA